GGGCUGCGACGUGACCCGGAAGCGUAAAUGCUGCUGUUCUGCCCAGCCUGCGGGAACGUGCUGGUGGCCGAGGAAGGCGCGAGAUGCCACCGCUUCGCUUGCACCACGUGUCCUUACGUGCGCAACGUCACGCGCAAGGUGAGCAGCCGGAAGUACCCGAAGCUGAAGGAGGUGGACGACGUGCUGGGCGGCGCUGCGGCGUGGGAGAACGUGGACUCCACUGCAGAGCCGUGUCCCAAGUGUGAGCAUCCGCGUGCUUACUUCAUGCAGAUUCAGACCAGAUCAGCUGAUGAGCCCAUGACCACCUUCUAUAAGUGUUGCAAUGCCCAGUGCGGCCACAGGUGGAGGGACUAAUUUUUGCUUCAGAUUUAAUUUCUUCAGUAUAAUUUUUGCUGUUUGUUUGAAAAUUCCCCAGCUGGGUUCUAUGGAAGAUGGUAAUAUGGAAAUAAGUGUCUCUGGUUCCAGCUGUUGCAUGAUGUUAAAUUAACACUGGCUGCUGCUAGUGCAGGCAUUCACCAUAAUCUGAUGGUCCAGGGGCUGAAGGUUAUGCGUACACUGCACAUUUUCGUGAUAGCGGACAUUGUUAGAAGAACUGCCUCUGUUUAGAGAUUAUAUGCAAAAAGCUAUUUAUUCAGCGGUUCCCACUGCAACGCUGGUCUUUUAUAGGGAUGCAUUAAGUUAUCAUUUAUUACUAACCACAGCUGAUCUAAGAUUGCAGGCUAAGAAAUGGCAGGAAUGGUCAGUAUCUAGAUGGGAAACAGACAAAUAAAAUGUUUAAGUCGUACUAUUGCUUCAGUGGGUGAUGCUUCCCUGUUGUACUAUGCUCUGUACAGAAACCGGACAAAGACUGUCCCCUUGCCCUAGAUUGCUUAGGAAUGGAAAAAAAAAAAAGACAGGUGAAAAAUGAGGGGAAAGAGAUGCAGCAUACAAGGAGCAUGAUCAGAGUGAUGGAGAGGAAUUGUUGUUUUAGUUUUGUGUUUCAAUAUUUAACUCCUGUCCCUGGAUGAUAUGAGGCCAGUGUGUGAGUGGAGGUGGCUUCUGUCUCAUAAGACCUAAAACCAAGGACCUGACUGCUGGACACUAAGAAUACCACAGUGCUUUUUUCAGACUUAUUUAACACAGAGGCCUUGUCUGUGUUCAGAGUUGCACUGAUUUAAUAACGGUGUGUUUAAAAAAAAAAACUCCAGCAACUAGUGAAACCAGUGCAAAUCCCUGUGUUGACACAGUAGGAUUUAAACCUAACAUUGAUGUAUUUUGAUUCCUUAGGGAGUUAAUAUAAGCCAGCUUUAAGUCAAAUUAAGAGUGUCCAGUAGUUUUACUAAAGUUAAACCAGUGCCAUUUCAAUAGACAGAUGUUCUUCUUCUCAUAUUUAUUCAGUGUCAAGUAACCAGGUGACUUUUCACUAGAAGGAACGGCAGUGUAAUGUAAUUUUUUCCAUCGCUGCGUUACCCUAAAAUUUAGAUGCCAAUUAAGUUAGCCUACAAUGGCGCUUUUAAUUUAACAAAAGGGUAAAAGGUUGUGGCCCGCCGUAAAGGAGUUGCCAGAGCUUUACCAGGGGGCUUAUCUCUGACCUGCAGAGGGCUCCCAAGAGCAAGCUAGUCUUGCUAACCCCUGAAAGAUACAGCCUUCUGCUCAAGGAUGGACACGCAAGCAGAAAUUCUUCAAAAACAAAAAUUUAACAGAAAUAGAAGUUACAGUAGGUUUAAUAAGGCAAGAAAAGAUAUAGGAUUUAAUACAACACAAUAGAAUUACAUUUAAGAAUUGUACAAUAAAGCAGUGCAACAAAAUAAAAAGACUACAUAGGAUACUGACCUCUGGAAAGCUUAUGCUCAAAUAAAUUUGUUAGUCUCUAAGGUGCCACAAGUACUCCUUUUCUUUUUACAUAGGAUAUCUAACACAGACAGGAAAUACAGUAGUUUCAAUGAAACAUGCAAAUAGGGAUCCCAUAUACACAAAGGCUUUUAGUUUUAGUGAUACAAUUUAACCCCGUACUUAAUACAAUAUAUUAUGUGUAUUAUGUAUAUUAUGUAUGUGACCUCUAUACACACUUAUGAAAAACCAUUACCGUAUUCACAGAUUUAAACAUUUAUUUAGCAUCAACAUUAACACUUAAUACUAAACAUUUAAAAUUGAACAUCCUACAAAUGCUGGCCAAAUGGCUGCAGGACAGGUAGGGGAGAGCUCACUCAAGGCACAGGCAUCUGGCUUUAUUUAUGGACAGAUCCAUACAUUCUUAAAUGAUAAGUAGAAAAGAAGAUCAGACUUACACUUAUAUCCAAAACUCCCUCUGUAACAUCUUUGGUCCUUCUGAUCUGUCUUUGUUUUAGGGAGUGUAGUCUCUACAGUUGCGGUCUCUCUUCGAGCUGCUGGCAAGGUAGCUGCUAGCAGGCAGUUAUUCGUUGCCAAGGCAAACUUAGAAUUCUGCUGAUGAUCUUUGAGGCUUCUUGAUCUUCCAGGUAGUGCUGUCUUGUCUUGCCACUCUUGCUCUUCUCAGUCUGCUGUCGAACUCACUAUGUCGAACUUGCUACAGUCUCAGCAUGCUGGCUGUCUGCCUUAUAUACUGGUUGCUCGGUCAAGGUUAGCUCAUUAAUAUAAUUUGUCUUGCUCAGCCAAUCUACUUCCAGAUAUUAGCAUAUUUCAUCUUCCUGUCUAGAUUCUCCCCCUUUUAUUAGCAUAUUUUUACUUCCUGUCUUGCUCCUUCCCCUCUUACAUCAUCCUAUUUUUAGAUAACUAAGCUCCUCCCCAUGCCAUCUUGGAUUCUAGACCUUUCUAAGCUCCUCCCUCUGAUGCCAUCUUGUUUGCUAGAACUUUCCAUUACUUAAAUUUGAACUGCAUCAUCCCCCAUUUCCGCCAUUUUGGUAAGCCAUGUUGGAUUUUCUAAAUUUAAACUAUCAUUAGUUUCUACUUAGAACCUUAAUUUUAAAUUUAAUUAAUAUUUUAUGCAAGCCAAAGUUUUCCAAUACUGUCACCACCUUAAUUAUAUCAAUUGGGAAAAGUGAAUUUUAUGGUGUUUUUAAACCCCCUCUGAGGUUUUUCUGCAAGCUUUUAUUAAGGUGCUGCAAGGUAUUUCAGAACAUUCAGAGCAAAAAUCUCUUGGUACAACUGUGCUCUGAAAAACCAUCUACAACCAUGGAAAAAAAACCUGCAAGGGACACCCAACUUUGGGGGUUCUGUCAUUGGAGCUUCACUUUCACACUCAACUAGUUUUGAAAGUGGCGCCUAUGAGAGUGAGGUUAUUCCUGGCCAGUAACCAGUUGGUACAUUCUACAGGUAGCACACUUAAGAUGCUACUGUAGAAAAUGACUUUGGGAAAGCAGCAUACAAGUUCCAUAUUCAUCUUUCAGUGAUCUCGCAUCUAAUGGGACCAAUUUACAAGUACAAAGAUUUUUUUUUAAUUGCUAGCUCUGCACAUUCGCACUGGCAUUAGCACAUCUGUGCUUGUUCCAUUUCAUGGAUGAUCCAUAAAGACUUUGCAAGCACCUUGGUCUACAGUUCUGUUACAUGAGGUAGAAUAACAUUUAACUCCCUCUCCCAGAGCUGUGCUAGCUCUUCAGGAUCUGGAGGAGUAAAAAAGUAGGAAAAAUGUACUUUGGCAGCAAUCUGCUGAGAAUCCUCAUAGAUUUGCCAUGUGUAAUGUCAUGGUUAGGGCCCUACCAAAUGCACUGUCCAUUUUGGUAAAUUUCAUGGUCAGAGGAAUUUAAAAAUCAUAAAUGUCAUGAUUUCAGCUAUUUAAAUCUGAAAUUUCACAGUGUUGUAAUUGUAGGGUUCUUGACCCAAAAAGGAUUGUGGGGGGUCACAAGGUUAUUGUAGAGGGAGUUGCGUGACGCAUUUUUCAUGGCCGUGAAUUUGGUAGGGCCCUCGUCAUGGAGAAGUAGCACUCUCACAGCUUUGCUCCCUCUGCCCAGCCAUGCUCCAGAUUCAGAGAAGCCCAGCCACGUGGCGCUCAGAGAGGAGUGCUGUGUCAACUCAACUCUCUGCCUUCAAAUAGAUUUCAUGUCAAAGGAGCAAAAAAAAUAGUUGGUAGAAAGGCUAAGUGAGAGCUGCAAGAUUGUUCAAGCUGCGUCAGGUAGGAUCUGUUGUAUGUAUUUACAUGGAAUAUAUGGGCCAAAACUGUUACCAUAACCCAGUCAUUGUCCAACAUUAAACUAUUUUAAACAAAGUUUGGUAUACAGAGACAUUAGCCUGUUUUGUGCCAUGCCAAACAUACCAUUAAAAAUCCUUUUAACAUUUUAUUAAAGAUACAGGGAAAAUGGUUACAGCAUUUGCUAUGUAAAGUAUUGAAUAAGGUUUUUGUUUUUAACAACAUUCCUUAUUCUCUUUCCUUUUAGCUGGAGAGAGUUUUUAGAAGGAAAAAAUACUUGAUACCAUCUAAGAGACUUCCAAUGAUGGUAAUUGACCUUUUUGGGGAAAAGAUUAGUAGUUAGUAGAGAGAGGCUGGAACUGUCAUUGUUGCUGUUGAUGUCUGAUCCUGUUUCCUAAAAGGGAGAGGAAAGGAACAGCAAAGACUGAAAAUGCA